AUGGCUGCAAUGGAGCAGGAGGCUGAGUGGAGUGUUGCUGCCAUAGCCGUGAAGAAAGGCAGGUGUCAGGAUGUGGAUGGCCUGGCUGCAUGGGCCCUGAGCCAUGAGCAAGCCGAAGAAGUGGACUGGGGUCCAAGCAGAGUGUUGCUGGACAGAGUUGCCAGAGCUGUCACUGCAGCAGGAGUCAAGGCGUGGGUAGCCAGACUGCAGGGGCCCCGAGAUGGACACACCCAUUCUCUGCUUUAUCUGUACACUGCCGUAUCAGAAUCCAUUGGGGACCUGCCCCAGUUCACUGCUCUGGGCUAUGGGUGCGGCUUCCUUGCUGGUUCCUACAACAGCAUCACCGAGCGGGCCAUGUCCCGAGCGCCCUGGAUGAAGAAGAUUGAGGAAGAAGACCCCCACUUCUGGAACUGGAUGACCCACAGAGCCUCCUAUUCUGGGCAGCGUUUCAGGAAGGACCUGCAGAAUAUCCUGCAGCAGAACAACCAGAGCCGAGAGCUUCACGUCUGGCAGCGGCUUUACGGCUGUGAGCUGGCAGAAGAUGGGAACGAAAGCGGGUACGAUCUUUACGCUUACGAUGGGAAGGACUUUCUCAGUUUCAACAAGGCCACCCUCAACUGGAUGGCAGUCAACGCUGAGGCCGAAGUGACCAAGAAGAAAUGGGAUGCUGACUUGGACAGGGGUUGGCGCAAGAAGCUUUACCUGGAAGGGGAGUGCUUGGCCUGGCUGAAGAAAUGUCUGGACUACAGCACAGAAGCUCGGGAAAGGAAGAAGCCCCCAGUGGUGACGAUGAGCAGCAGGACUGAGGUUGACGGCAUGGAAAGUCUCCUCUGCCGAGCCUACGGCUUCUACCCCAAGGAGAUCAAUGCCUUCUGGAGGAGAGAUGGAGAGGUCUGGCUGGAAGACACCCUCCAGGGGUCCGUGGCCCCCAACUCAGAUGGGACCUACCACUACUGGCUCAGCAUCCGGAUCGAUCCCAAAGAGAGGAGUCGCUAUUGGUGUCACGUUGAGCAUGACGGCCUGCAGGAGCCGCUGGACAUACCCAUGGAAGAAGCUGUUUCAACUGGUGUGUAUUUCAGAAGGGAAGGAGGAAUGGUGAUUGCUGUCAUUUCAUUGGUGGUAUUCAUUGGAUGUAUUGUAUAUUAGGUGAAGAAAAAGUAAAAUGAUGAAGAAGAAGAGUCCACCACUUCAGAUUUUGAAGAAGGGAAGGAUUAUAGGUAGCCUUCGGCUUACAACCGAAACUGGGACGCAGUGGAGUUGCCAUAGUAACAGCUUCUCAGAAGUCCACAAGGGGCCUCCCUCUGGUAAGGGGGGAAAUCUAACAUUACAAAUUAUGUUCAGUCUGGACAUUUCCCCCCUUAUAAAU